AGUCCCCCUGCAGCAAGCUAAAACCCAGAAGCUCAGAGCCGAACAAUGACUGAAGCAGCAAUGUGCUGACUCCUGCCCGGACCCACAGGCCCAGCUGCUUUUCAGCACCAGCAUGUAUAAAUAGGUCCGUUGAGUCUGGGGUCAGGACGUCGUUUUUGUGGAGCCCCCCUGUGAGCACUGCACUGCUAUUCUUUGGGGCGGUCAGGUAAAUCAGUUUUGAGAUCAACUGUAGUAUGGCUCUAAAUAAUCCCAACCCACUGGGACCAUGGAAGAUCACAGUGUAUGACCAGGAGAACUUCCAGGGGAAGCGUCUGGAGUUCACUUCUGCCUGCCAGAACAUCAUGGAGUGUGGAGUCAACAACAUCCGCUCUGUGAAGGUGGAGUGUGGAGCCUGGGCAGGAUAUGAGCACUCCAGCUUCUGUGGACAGCAGUUUGUGUUGGAGAGAGGAGAGUAUCCUCACUGGGAGUCAUGGAGCGGCAGCAACGCCUACCACAUCGAGAGGAUGAUGUCUUUCAGACCCAUCUGCUCUGCUAACCACAAGGAGUCUAAGAUGGUUUUGUUUGAGAAGGAGAACUUCAUGGGACGGCAGUGGGAGAUAAACGAUGAUUACCCCUCUCUGCAGGCCAUGGGCUGGGGCAACAACGAGAUUGGAUCAAUGCAAAUCCAGAGUGGCUCCUGGGUGUGCUACCAGUUUCCUGGCUACCGUGGUUACCAGUACAUCAUGGAGUGUGAUCGUCAUGGCGGCGAGUACAAACAUUACAGAGAGUGGGGCUCCCAUGCUCAGUCCUUCCAGGUGCAGUCGCUGCGUCGGAUCCAGCAAUGAGACCUGCAGCCUUCUCUCCAAACCUCCCGCUCUUUACCUCCUUCACAUCCUCCACCACCACCUCCUCCUCCUUCUUCCUCCACCCAAUCAUUCCAAGCUUUAGCCAGCUGUAUCAGAUCUUAACCUACUAAGGCUGAUGCUUCCUGGUGCUUCACAAUUAAGAUGUUUGCAGCACUUCUGUUUUGUUCUGUUGCCAAAUGAGAAACAAAGAGAAAAAGCAACCGAAGAGAAGCCCCUGACUGAUGCCCCACUGAGGAGAGAAGAAGAGGAUGUUAAAGGCUAUGUGUUGGCAAGGCAGUCAUGUCACAGAGUCAGUGCUCCUCAUAUUUGUGGGUAAACAUGGUGUGACCAGUGAUCAAUAAAGAGGGAACAGGCAACAUGAAAUAAACAGACAAACAAGAGUCUGUUGCUCUACUCA